GGGUCUCUAGGCCCCUCUUCCCCGGGCCCUGGUGGGGGAGGGUUGGUGACGUCGGCGCGUGUCGCAUCACCCUGCUUACGUCACGGUACCACGUGCGUUUGUGUGACGUCACUGAGGCCAUUGCAUGACGUAGGUGGCGUAAGUGGUGGUACAACACCUGCACCCAUGGGAUGUCAUCGAUGCCCUGGUGUCACGAGUGACGCGGGACAUGCCUGUGUGAUGUCAUCCGUGGCGCGUGCGCCUGUGUGAUGUCAUCCGUGGCACAGCGGUCUAACCGUGGUGCUGAGAUACCGGCGCCUGGUUGGCCUCGUCCUGUGGCUGUGACACGGGUGUAGCCGUGGUGCUGUGGAACGUGUACCCCUGCUAUCCAUGCAGUGAUUGCCACACAGCGAUGGAAAGAUGCCGGAGCACAUGUAGCCUCAUUUGAUGGAACCAGUUGAUGUCAUGACGUUGUUGUGUGACAUCAGUGUCGCAGCUGGGUGUUUGGCCUCUUCAUGCUAUGAUGUAAAAGAGCAUGUGACCAGAUUGUGGGUCCUGUAUUGUCUUUUUGACACCAGUACAUGGUGAUGUCAUAUCAUUUGACAUGAUGCGAUGGUGCCUUGAAGACAAUAUUAUGUGGUCACUGAAUUUGCAUAUUUAUGGCAGUUUCACCACAUCUCUGUGCAUCCUUGCUACAUUAUGAACAAUCAACACGCUAUGCCACUAGGAAAUCAUAAAUUUUUGUAUGUGAUGUGAUGUCAUGUGACAUCACCAUAAAAUGCCAGUAUGAGGCCAACCUGUGUUGUAAUGUGCCAUCCUCCAGCAAAGGCUAUGACUACCCCUAGUGUUUGGGGUAGUUAGUUUAGUUAGUUACACAGACAACAUGCUCAUAUUUAUUGAAAGUGAUGCAGAUCCAUCGUAAUUUUAGUACAGAUAGACAAAUUGCCUAUGAGCACUUUAAACAUUGUUAUGUCUAACCCUGAUCUGAGCUGAGCAUCCGCUCAAUGAUAAGGUUUUAAAAACAUUGGGAGCCUAAUCUGCAUGAAUGUCUGUACUGUCAUUGACACCAACACUCCAAUGUUGGCAACAGUGGGAUUUUGUUCACAGAAAUAGUGUAGACAAAGCUGUUGAGUUACUAUGAUAUUAUAAUGCAACAUUCUGCAUAGUUUCUUCAAUGUGAUGUGAUGGUGCAGAGAUUGUUAUAUAACCAUAUUUUUGCCUCAUGUUCAAGGAAGCUUAUCCUAAAGAAUGCUGGAUCAGGAUAUCGUAUGCUAUGACUUAUCUGAUGUACCACCCUUCUGUAUUAGAAGCUGGAUGGAAGCUGCUUCAUGAUUAUGCUAAAUAGGCACAGCCUUUGGGCUGCUGGUAUAUUGGCAAAUGCAACAAAAUUUGGAAUCUCUUUAUUUAGGAAGAUCUAAAGGCUGAAAAUGAUCUGUUCAGUCUAGCUUCUAAAAUACCUUUUUUAUUCAAGCCAGGUGUGACUUGGAAAGGAAGGAUACCUACCAAACAACUGCAUUCAGACACACUGAUUAUAUAAUGCUGCUAUGCUCUUUGUCUGCAUAUUUUAAAUAUGAAUCAAGGAGUAGACACUAAAUCCCUCAAAAGAGUCUUUCAAACAAUAUUACAUUUCUUCUCCAGUAUUUUCAGAAUUCUUAUUAUUUGUGUGUAUCAGUGACCUGCUUUUUUUAAACAUCUAAGUAAUAAAACUAUAGAGAUUCAGCUGAACAUGUAACAUUAUACAAUUAUUUUAUAUAACCAAGUUUGUACAUGUUUGGUAGUUACUGUUCAAAGUUCCAUAACUUCUUAUUCUGUUCUGGGCGAAUGUGACAUACAGCCAGCAUUAUUCCAUCCUCAAGUUGACUCAUCUCUUCAAGUGUUCACAAGAAAUGAGUCGACCACAUUAUCAUGCACAUACAAACAAACUUCCUGCUUAUUUAAAAACAAGUAGUUCCGUGGCACUAACAAAAAGAACUACUCAUUGUUUUUAAAGUUCCAGACUUAACACAGCUGCCCCUCUGAGACUUUCCUGUUUAUUUGUUCAUCUAGUUCCCAGUGUCUUCCUUAGAUUGGAAACUCUUUGGAAAGGUAACUAGCAUUAGUUUUGUGUCUCUCCUUCUGCCAUGCACAUUGCUGGCACUGAACUAAUACAUAGUUACACUUAUGGUAUGGGCCACAUCCUGUGAAAUAACUUUACCUUAUCCUUUGCUCCAACAUAAGAUAGCUGUGAGCACAAAUAGAUGAAUAGGUUUCCAUGCAUAGUGUUUGUGUUGUUGGAGAGGGCUCCAUUUAAUUUCCUACCUACAAUACAUUGGCAGAUUUCAGCUUUCUUUAAACAUUCAUUGGGCUAUUGCUAGUGGUCUCAUGAAGAUUUGUUCACUGACAUAUUCAUUUUGGUUAUAUCUAGGCUUGGAAUGAUGAGGGUUUUUUCAGUAUCAGUAAAUGUCUAUUUACUGUACACACAAAAGUCAGUGAAAAAUAUUUCCAUUAAUGAUAAUCAAAAUGUGCAGAUAGGCAAAGCAAGAAAAGUGCUAUUUGAGAGCUUAUUAAGGUUUGAUUUAAGGGUAUUUACUUUGUACAUUUUGACAUGUGACAUUGACUAUUUGUGUUUAACAGUUAUAAAGCUUUAACUUUUUGAAUCUCAGAAUCUGAUGUCAUUACAUCAUUUUGCUCCGUUCUCCCACCCCCUGCACAUGAUUUCCUGCAACUGUGAAAAUUUAAAUAGAUGAAAAUUUGUAAAAAGGCUUUCAAUGGGCCACUGACAUAGCCACUCAAAAUGAUAAAGAAGGAAAACAUCAAAUUCUGCCGCCUAGUCUAUUUCAUUUUGUAUAGUAAAAGCCAUUAGAUCAGUUCGUGCUCUCAUUCUUUUGCCAAAGUGCUAGCAGAUAUCAUUCUUUGAAAUCCUCGCCUUAUACAUUCUACUCCUGGGUAUCCAGUAUGUUCCAGAGGUGACUUUCUGCCAGAUUAAUUGUAAAUCCAGGUCUGACCCUCUGUGCAGCAGUGCUCGGUUGUGAUCUCACAAGAAAGCAUGACAAUCAGUCACCAGUAGAUCAAACGGAACUUCUUUAUUAUGACACCUCUAAAUUUAGAGAACAUAAGAACGGCCAUACUGGGUCAGAGGCCAGACACUGGUCAGAAGUCCAGGAAGACUUAAGUGUCAGAUCUCACCUUUUCCCACCCACCACAAACACAGAACCCACAUAAGACAUUCUCAUCUGAAACUGCUCCCUGGAGGAUGGACCCGAACUCAGUGAGGACUAAAGUCCCAGCCUUCUUGUCUGACUUGGGAAAAGCGACGCUCCGGGGAAUAAGGAAAUGUCCCCGGUGCGGCACCUACAAUGGCACCCGAGGGCUGAGCUGCAAGAACAAAACCUGCGGGACGAUCUUCCGCUACGGCGCUCGGAAGCAGCCCGGCGUCGACGCCGUGAAGAUCAUCACGGGCUCGGAUCUGCAGAUCUACUCGGUGCGGCAGAGAGACAGGGGGCCGGACUACCGGUGCUUUGUGGAGCUGGGGGUUUCCGAGACCACGAUCCAGACGGUGGAUGGGACCAUCAUCACGCAGCUCAGCUCCGGCCGCUGCUACGUCCCGUCGUGUUUGAAGGCAGCCACCCAAGGCGUGGUGGAAAACCAGUGCCAGCACAUCAAGCUGGCUGUGAACUGUCAGACGGAGGCCACCCCUUUGACUUUGAAAAGCUCCAUCUUAAAUUCCAUGCAGGCCCCCGCCGAAACUAAGCAAACCAUCUGGCAGCUGGCCACAGAGCCCACUGGCCCCCUGGUGCAAAGGGUGACCAAGAACAUCCUGGUGGUGAAGUGCAAGGCCAGCCAGAAGCACAGCCUGGGGUAUCUCCACGCCUCCUUUGCUCAGAAGAUGAGCAGUAAGAACGUGCCUGAGCACAGGUUUCUCUGCUCCUGCCAGACUCUGAAAUCCAGCAAGGCCAGCUCUGCCCAGGGAGAGGCUGCCCAGAGAUGCAUUCACUUCUUCGCCUGCAUCUCUUCCUUUGCCAGCGACGAGGCCUUGGCUCAGGAGUUCUCCGAGUUCCUCAGUUACGAUUCCAGCGGUCUCAAGGGGAUCAUAGUGCCCCAGUUAGUCUGCCAUCCUGAAUCCACCCUGCAGGCUGGCGAGCCCACUGCUUCCAAGCCAAAAAAGAGGAAAAAGGAUGAAACAUCUGGUACACAAGGAAAUAGCCCACUCCUGGCUCAAGAUCCAGCCAACAGCAAUCUGAGGAAAAGUGGACUGAAAAAGCCAGCUGUUGCCUCUUCACUAAAAAGGCAAGCCUGUAAUCAGCUGCUGGAUGAGUCACAGGUGACCUUGUCUUUCCAAGAAUGGCUGGCCAGUGUCACCGAACGUAUCCAUCAAACCAUGCAUUACCAGUUCGAUGGCAAACCAGAGCCCUUGGUGUUCCACAUACCUCAGUCUUUCUUCGACGCCCUGCAGCAGAGGAUUUCCAUCGGAAGCACAAAGAAACGGCUGCCUAAUUCCGCUACAGCUUUUGUCCGGAAAGACGCCCUGCCCUUGGGGACCUUCUCCAAAUACACCUGGCACAUUACCAAUAUCCUGCAGGUCAAGCAAAUAUUUGACACUCCUGAGAUGCCCUUAGAAAUCACACGCAGCUUCAUCCAGAACCGGGAUGGGACCUACGAGCUGUUUAAGUGCCCCAAGGUGGAGGUGGAGAGCAUCGCGGAGACGUACGGUCGCCUGGAGAAGCAGCCCAUCAUCCGGCCCUUGGAGCUCAAAACCUUCCUCAAAGUUGGCAACACCUCACCCGAUCAGAAGGAACCGACGCCUUUCACCAUUGAGUGGAUACCGGAUAUUUUACCCCAGUCCAAGAUUGGUGAGCUGAGGAUUAAGUUUGAGUACGGCCAUCACAGGAACGGACAUACCACCGAGUACCAGGAGCAACGCCCUUCGCUAGACCAGACCCUGGAACUAACUCCGCUGACCACCAUCACCUUUCCUUGACAUCCACACAGCCCCGCUCCCGGCUACGUUUGCACAGCCCAGCUCUGGUUUCGCUGCCGGGGCACCGCUAGCACUGAACUCGUAUGGCCUCCCACACGGCACUGCUCUGUGCAGCUGAUGCUUUCUGUUUUCUAAGUAGCCACGGGGCCAACACUAGAAGAAAGAUGCCUCACCUGCUCUAUCAGUAGCUUAUUUUGAUGCUGCUUUACAGCUAGUCUGCACUCAAACUCUGCUGUGUUCUGGACACCCCUCUGCAUUCCCACACAUCGGUGCACUUCAGCCUUUGGGUCGUAGCUUCUUUCUGUCACUUCCCCCAGAAAACAGACGCAUCUGCUGCUCCCAGCUGGGAGAAGAUGGUGUAUUAUGCAGUGAGCUAGAACCUUGUAUCACUACAUGAACCAUGGUGGCAUCGUCCAGUUUUAUGCCGUACUCUCAAAUCUUUUUUUAAAUAAAGCACACAGGC